CAAAAAUUAGCUAUGUUUUAAUUGGUCUGGGCCUUAAGUUGGGCUAAACCUUAUCAAAACGUCGUCGUUUCGCGCUGAGAUAAUCUAAGUGUUGAUUGGGCCGAGUGCUAAAUUUGGGCCUUAAAUUGGGCUUAGCCCUUAGAAUACGUCGUCGUUUUGUACUGAAACCCGAGAUCUUCUCGGACAUCGAGAUGGUCCAGUUCCCUCGAGCUUCGCUUUUUGGUCGUGGGAGUUUCCAAUUCCAGGUAAAGGUCGCCGACGGGAGAAUAGACCGCGGGCGAAUUGUUCUAAGCUCAGGCAAGGCCUGUUACUUCCCAAUUUCAAAGAUUGGUGGCUAUUUUCGAAAUUUGUUUAUCGGUUUUGCACACUUUCCAGUGAAGCUCUUAAAUUGGUGAUUUGCGGAUGCAUCUGUUGUCUAAAUGUGGCCAGAAUCGAGAGCUAACUCAUCGGCUUGAUGCAUACGUUCUAGGCUGUGAUUUGUUCUAACCUUCGAAUUUGUUUCAUUGCGCAAUAAUUUCUGGUGUGGCUGUGGAUUCAUGAAGCUUUCGUCUAUGGCGCCAAGUCUGUUAAAAAUGUUUUGAACUAUGUUCUUCUUGCAUAUUUGAUCUAUGAGCUACCGAGGAGUGAAGCCAUUGCUGUAAAUGUUGAAUAAAUUGAAGGCGAAACUUGAUCAUUGACUCGUCGGUAUCCAAUCUUGUCGUUUCAUUCAUACAUAUGACGAGUUUUACCAGCUUUCGUGGCUUUGUUUUAAUGAUCGGUGCUUGAGGAUACAUACAUUAAGAACAGCGCAGGAAGAUGAUGGAAAUAUCGUAUGAUGAACUCGGGAUGCCUAGCACGAUCGGGAACAGAUCUACCAGUGAUGUCGUAGUGAGGAUUCGAACGCAGGAGGGCCGCGACGAUUGGAUUUACUGCCAUUCUCAAGUCCUCGUAAAGAAAAGCAAGUAUUUCGCCGACCGAUUAUCCGAUAACUGGCCGACAUGCCAAAUCAUCGACUCACGCAGCUGCGUUGAGGUCUAUUGCGAAGAAUCUGAUUUCGAUCAUCACGUCAAUGUUCUUCGACUCCUCUACAUCAACUCAGACGUAACAAUGGCCGAUUUAUGCAGUGUGAAGAACGCACUCGGCACUCUUCGAGUCGCAGCAGAACUCGGAAUCUCGCAGAUUGUCUCCGCCUGUGUCGGCUAUUUGGAAGCCGUCCCGUGGGAGGAAUCCGAGGAAGAAGAAAUCUUGAAGAUCAUACCGGAAAUGGGAUCCCAAACAGAACCCGUACUUGCUCGUCUCCGGCCAGUCAAUCCCCUCGCCGUGUUCAAGAUCUUCCUAUCAGCCAUCCGAUUUGCCACAUCGUCACCGCCGUCGUCGAUCCACGAUCUGAAAAUCUCGGCUCAGGAACAGCUCGAGUAUAUGCUGACCGAGGACGAUGACGCCCCUUUACUAAGCGCCGACGACAAAAUUAAAUCGGAAGCGAGAAGCUGCGUGAACGAUUUAUUAGUGAGGUUUUCGAAACUCCUAACGUCUCUGCUUGGUGAUCUUAACGACGUAGAAACAUCGAAAAUGGAGACAUUCCAGUCGUACUUAAACGACGUAGCGUGGGCGUCUCAGAUUCUAACGAAACUUGAAACGUCGGGCGGUCUCGUCCGGUCGUGGGUCGAUUCUUCGCUCGACAUAGUAAAAAUACUCGAUCGAAGAUGUUCGGAAAGUUCGGUAAAGGUGAAGGUCCUGGAGAUCACUGCAAAAGUCCUCGAAGCAAUAGGUUUCGGCGCCGUCAUUCUACCGGCGGCGAAACGAUUACACAUGAUCCGGGUGUGGCUCCCGUUUGCGAGACGGAUGAGAUCGUCGAUCGAUUCUCCGGCUGUCGCCGAUGAUGACGGUGAUCCGGCAUUGAAGCCGGAAGACGAGGUAUGGCAAUCUAUGGAAUCUGCAUUUGUAUCGAUUGUUCUGACGUUGCCGUCUGCUGAGCAGGCGGAGAUUCUGACGGAGUGGCUGCGGAGUGAGGAGAUUAGGUAUCCCGACCUGACGGAGGCGUUUGAGGUGUGGUGCUACCGGUCGAAGGUUUCCCGGCGACGGCUGGCCCGAAAUGAUCGGACGAGUAAAAAGGUAUGAGCUAUGGCUUCUUGUGUUUGGUGUUGUAAUUUAACUUGUAGGUUUAAUUUAUGUUGUAUGGAAUGGUUUUGUAUUGUUGUUGUGUAUAGAAGUUAUUGAAUUUAUAUAUUGGGAUUGAUGUUUCUAAAAAAAAGUUUCGAUUAGUAACGAUUUUUUUUU